AUGGAGUCGGAUUUAUUAUCAAAGAAACUGAGGUUCGUCCCGUUUGAUAGCGGGAGCUCUGAACACGCGGAACGGCUGCGGCUGCAACGGGUCGCCUGCGGAUGGGCCGAGGACAUGAUUGAGCCAUGGAGGCAGGCGCACGAGGCAGGGACAAAGGGGAUUUACUGGCUUGUAUUGAGAGACGACCUUCCAGACGCGGGCAACCUCAUUGAGAAGCACCGCAGCAAGUAUCCAGACGAACGGUUUCCGCUGAUCGAUACAUCAGCCUCGGUGCUGGGCUCCGGCCGGACGCCAACGGCCGCCGAGAUCCUCCCCGUCGGGCACAUCGCCAUCGAGCGGCAGCCGGCCAAGGACAAGUAUCUCGGCCUGGCCGCCGGGGAGGUGGCGUGGAUCACCUCGCUGUACCUCUCGUACGCGAUGCACAACCGCGGGCUGGGCCGGGACGCCAUGAGGUGGGCCGAGGAGGCUCUCGCGCGAGAGCCGUUUGGAGCGCGUGUGGCGUAUCUAGACACGACGGACAAGAGCUUUCAGCUCCAGGAACACGUGGUUCACGCUGCUUAUACGGAGCGGGGCCACGCUGUGCCCGAGGCUCUUAGGUCCAACGAGGAGUGGUACCGGCAUCAGGGGUACGAGGUGGUGCGGAGGAAGGCGGACGGGUAUCCCUGGGUUACUCAGGAUGGUGAAAAGAUUGACAUUCCCUUGGUCUUUCUGAAGAAGCAGCUGGCAUGA